CAUCUCGUCAGCUCGCAAAUUCUGCUCCUCAGCUGCCAUUUUCUCGGCGCAUCCACCGCAAUCUUCGAACUCAAAGCCAGUAAAAUAUUUCAGCGACGAAGUAGCUCUCCUAUCGAAGCUUAUUCGCCACUUAGUACGAAACUUCAGCAACAAGAUAAGAGGCGUUUUCCCGUUCGGCUCGCCGCACUACUAGUUUCUCAAUGGCACGGAAUUCAGCUGCGUCUCUCGUGAUCUUCGCACUCUUCGCCACAGCACUUUUCGCACUACAAACCGAGGCGAGGUUCCUACCCAGCGGCAUUCUUCCCACAAAUCGCCUUCCAGCCGCCCUCAAGCCAUCCAGCGCAGCCGCGGCGCUAAAAUCCAACCUCACAGCGUCCCUGAACUCCAGCCUCGCGGAUCUUGAGUCGUCGUUGCGAGGCCAAGUCGCGUCCCUCGACGCGGCUCUCAAGGGCCGCCUCGAGCAGGUCGCGGCGAGCCUCAACGGCAACGCAUCAGCCGCCGAUGCCGCCCUCCAUGCGCAGAUAUCCACGCUAAAAGCCAACCUCGCUACGCUCAACAGCACCCUCGCCGAUCUCAACGCCACGCUGAAGUCAAAUCUCAUCUCAGCAGCGAAUAUCUCAGCUGCCAACAUCACAUCAGCCCUUAACGCUCACCUCAACGCUCAGAUCGGGGCGAUCAAAUCCAACAUUUCCGCCAUCAGGGCGAGCGUCGACGUGCUCAACAAGGACCUGGCGGGAAUAGUCGGCGCGGGGGUUGCUGCCAGGCCUUCUGGGGUUAUUUCCGCCAGCGUCUCCUCUGCUGCAGCGAUCCGCGCGCUGGUGAGGCAGCGGCUGUCGAGGAGAAUGGGCGCAGUGACGCAGCGGAUCGCGGGGGUCAACGCGAACGUGUCGGCCGUCACACGCGCUCUCUACAGCGUGAUCAACGGCGCUCUUAACGCGACUCUUAGCGGCGCUGCUAGCAGCACUGUCAGCGAUGCUCUCAACGCCGUUUUGAACGGCAGCCUGGCGUCGGGUGCUGCGAGCCUGCUGCCCCAGCAGGAGGGCAUGCUGCGGGGGGCGCUCACUUCGUGCAACGGACUGCAGACCCUUCAGGCUGGCGCCGCCAACGUCCAGAUCCUCAAGACUGGCUCCAGCUACAUUGUCUCCUACUACCUCUACGCAGCGGGCAUCAGCGAGGCUCCUCAGACCCAGGCCAUCUACAAGGGCAGCCCCUGCAGCAGCACCGACGCCACCGUGGCGCUGAGCCUUCCUGGCACAUGGCAGCUCAUGAGCGCUGCAUCCUGGUCCCUGGCCAAUGUUGUGAGCGUGUCGGCUGCUGACGUGGCGGAUGUGCUGGCGUCCCUCCAGGAGAUCACGAAUGACAACCUGUACCUGGGGUCCUCUGGGCGUGAUGGUGUGCUUUCAGGAAAGAUGAUUGGUGGGAAGUUCUAAGUUCCGUAGCUUUAUAGGGAUGAUGGUGGUAGGAACAUUACAGAUGCAACAACAGCCAUGACUGACGCAUUUCUAAGGUAGUAGCCUAGAGAAGGGUUGCAUCUGCAAUGUUCCAGCCAGCAUGUAGAAUGACCAGGCAUAGGUAGGUAGCGUGUAAAGAUACUUGCGGUGCUGUAGCUGGUCCUACAGCAAUUCAUGCGCUAUAGUUUGCGGUUUACUAUUGGAGUCUAUAUUGGGCUAUCUCUCUGGUUUAUCCUUCC